AUCACUUCUUCUUCCUUAAAUGCAACAGUCUGCAGCUCAAACGCCCAUUUCUUCUUUCUCCUACACUCCACUCUUUUUCCCUGGAAAAUAUGAAUAGUAGCGACGUUCUUCAUAACCGGUGACGAAACCAGAGAAUGCCCGUCGAAGAAGAUGGUUGUUCCAACGAUGAAAAAACCAUUUUUGAUUCAACACACAAGAGAAAGGCUCGAACCACGACGGAAUUUAUCUCCGACGACCGUGUAAGGAGGAAGAUUUCCAGUCCGACGGCGACAUCUGUUAUUCGAACUGAAAAGGAAUCCGGGUCUAGUCAGAAAUUAUGGUGGAAUGAGUGUGACGGACCCGAUUACCCGGAAGAUGAAUUCAAGAAGGCGUUUAGGAUGAGCAAGUCAACGUUCGAGCUCAUUUGCUCCGAGCUCAACUCUGAAGGCGAUGAAAUCGCCACGUUUAGGCAAAGUGUGGCGGUUUGCAUACGGCUUUUAGCGACGGGAGAACCGUUUCGACUCGUCUCGAAACGGUUCGGUUUACCCAUCCCGACAUGCCGUGAAUCGGUCCUCGUCGUCUGUUCGGCGAUACGCACCGUUUUGAUGCCGAAGUAUCUGCGAUGGCCGGACAAGAAUUCGUUACGAGAAAUAAAACAAGAGUUCGAAGCCAUCUCAUGGAUACCAAACGUCGUCGGAUCAAUGUCCACGACCCAUAUCCCGGCACCACCACCACCGGCGGCGUCGAUGAUAGCGUAUUUCAACAAAAAACAAACGGAACGUGACGGGAAAACCUCGUACACUGUGACAGUACAAGGCGUGGUCGAUCAUAAUGGGAUUUUCACCGACGUUUGCAUAGGCUGGUUGGGAUCAAUGAACGACGAUCAAGUGCUGCAAAAAUCAUCCCUUUAUCGAAGAGCAAACGGCGAGUUCUUCAAUGGAGUUUGGGUCGUGGGGAGCAAAGGGUAUCCAUUAAUGGACUGGGUUUUGGUUCCUUACAAUCGAAGACGAUUGACAUGGGCACAACAUGGGUUUAACGAGAAGAUUGGUGAGAUUCAGAGAGUUGCUAAAGAAGCGUUCAUGAGAUUGAAAGGGAGAUGGUGUUGUUUGCAGACAAAUAGUGAGUUCGAGUUGCAGGAUUUGAAUGUUGUUGGAGCUUGUUGUGUUUUGCAUAAUAUUUGUGAACUGAGAGGUGACGGGUUUGAGUCUGAUCAAUGGGAUUUGAGUUAGUUGACGAUGAAGAAGAAGAAGAAAUGGCGGGUGAAACUGAUUGAGAUCGGUAAGUUCCAUGGAAGCUAGAGAUGCCAUUGCACAUAAUCUUUUACACCAUGCAUCCUAUUAGUAUCUAGGACAAUAUUUAUCAUAA